CCCCUAAAAAAAAAAAAAAGUGAUUUCCAGCCGUUCUGAAGCAGAAAACAAUGCGGGAAGCUCGUCGGUGUGCCGGUGUCGGAUUACUGGACGUGUUGGUGGUACGAGUGGACCCGGCCCGGCAGCGUCGAGCAUCAUGAGCGACCGCCAUGGCGACGCGGCGGUGCGGCCGCCUCACGUCGUCGAGGGCGGCGGGGGGGACGACGACGACGACGACGACGACGACGACGAGGAGUGUUUCGCGCCCCUCUCCCCGGUCCUGCUCGACGCUUCCGGGGCGCCCGUCAUCCCCCCGGUGUCCGCCCGAGAAUGCCGCAACGCGGGGACGGAGGCUGUCGAGGUCGGGAGGAAUCUCAACCGACUCGGGGGUGAGGUCCUCGUCCAAGGCACCGCGAAGGUGGUGGGGGGCAAGUGGGAGGAAAACGGCAACUACUCGAGGGGCAUCCGCGGCCCGGAGGAUGCGGGGACGCUCGGCAAGAAGAGGAGGCCGGUGACGGUGGACACGUCCAAGGCCAAAACCUCCCUGGAGGGACUGAAGAUCAGCAUCAGGCAGCUCAAGUGGAGAGAGAUUCCCACGGGAAGACGAGCCCCGUGCGACAUCUACUGGCACGGCGUCUCCUUCCACGACAACGAGAACAUCACGUCGGGCCAGGUCAACAAGUUCCCGGGAAUGCUGGAAAUGUCGCGGAAGACCAACCUGAGCCGAGCGGUGCGCAUCAUGCAGGAGUUGUUCCCCGCCGAGUACGACUUCUAUCCGCGGUCCUGGAUCCUUCCCGACGAGUACCAGCAGUUCUCGGCGGAGAUGCGCGCGGCGAAGGAGAGCGCCCCGACGCCGGAGCCCACGUUCAUCGUCAAGCCCGACGGCGGCUCCCAGGGCGAAGGCAUCUACCUCAUCCGCGACCCCGGCGAGCUGAGGCCGCCGGCGGCGGGGGCGGGGGCGCAGGCCCGGCAGUCCGUGGUGCAGGAGUACGUCCGCAAGCCGCUGCUGGUGGACAAGCUGAAGUUCGACAUCCGCCUGUACGUGCUGCUCAAGUCGCUGGAGCCGCUGGAGGUUUACAUCGCCAAGGAGGGCCUGACCCGGUUCUGCACCGAACCCUACCAGGAGCCGAGCCAGAAGAACCUGGGCCACGUCUUCAUGCACCUGACCAACUACUCGCUCAACGUGCACAGCGGCAACUUCGUGCACUCGGAGAGCCACAACACGGGCAGCAAGCGCACGCUCAGCAGCGUCCUGCGCCGGCUGGCCGCAAAGGGCGUGGACGUCAAGAGGGUGUGGUCGGACAUCAUCGCCCUGGUCAUCAAGACCGUCGUCGCCGUGGUGCCUCAGCUCAAAGUUUACUACCAGGCCGACAUCCCGCCCGGGAAGCCCGGACCCUCCUGCUUCCAGAUCUUAGGUUUCGAUAUCCUCCUGAUGAAGAACCUGAAGCCGGUCCUCCUGGAGGUCAACUCCAACCCCAGCAUGCGCAUCGAGCACGAGCAGGAGGUGGCCCCGGGGGUCUUCGAGUGCGUCCCCAGUCCGGUGGACGAGGAGGUGAAAGUGGCCGUGAUCAGGGACACGCUGCGCCUGGUGGACCCCGCGCUCAGCAAAGCGUCCUCGUCCCAGUGGAGGUCGGAGGCCGCGGGCGACGCCCACGUCAGGAGGCGCCCCUGCGCCGCGCCCCCGCCGCGCCUGAAGCAGGUGUACCCCAAGUACAGCCGGCAGUUCGGGCACCUUCGGCUGGUGGAGCGCAUCGCCGCCCUCUUCGUCCGCUUCCUGGGGGUCAAAGGGAACAUGCGCCUCGGCCCCACCGCCUUCAGGACCUUCAUCAGAACCUGCAAGCUGAGCAGCAGCAGCUUCAGCAUGGCGUCCGUGGACAUCCUUUACAUCGACAUCGCGCGGCGCUGGUCCGGAGCCUUGCCGGACUCUCGGGAGGCGGGCAUGGGCUUGCAGGCCUUUGUGGAGGCCUUCUUGUACCUGGCGGCCCGCAGGUUCAAGUCCCAGACGCCCCGGGAGCAGGCGGCGUCCCUCCUGGAUCUGUGCGAAGCCCAGCUGGAGUCGUCGACCCCGGGCCCCGAGGAGCGCCGCUCGUUGAGCUGCGGCCGGGCGGCGUCCCGGGGGGCCGCGGGUGGCCCCAAGCCCCGGACCCACGCCCGACACCCCGGGCCGCCGUCGCCCGCGGCCGCGCCUCUGCCGCGCCGGGCCUCCAGCCAGGACUGCCGCAGGGCCGAGCCUCGCUCGAGAGACGCUCACGCGGAGAAUUGAUGACGCUCGCCUGUAACCGUAGCGACGCGCGUACUACUACUACUACUACAUCAGGGGUGGGCAAAGUAUGGCCCGGGGGCCACGUAUGGGUGUUUUUGUCCUAAAGAUGCUGAACGUAGUUAUCUGAUUAAAUAAAUGUAUUUACUUUGAAUGAAAAAACAGUAAAAUCAUUUAAUUUUACAUUUUAAUACAUGGUAUUAACUAACUUCUGCGACAGGUCGAUAGACUCCGACACUCCCUUGUGAGGAUAAGCGGCUCAGAAAACGGAUGGAUGGGUAUUGAUUUACUUUAUUAUGCAGUAAUUGCAUGCGUAAUUAUAACAUGGCCACCCAUUCUAUUAUUAAAACAAACAUUUACAUGUUACAUGUAAAAAUAUUUCACUGAUUCAUUUGACAUUUAAUUAUUGGUAAUUUAUUGUAAUAUAAAAAAAAUUGAAAACAAUUGUUAAAUAUAUAUUUUGUUUAAUAAUUUGAAUUAAUUCUUAAAAGAGUUCUACAAGUUCCAAUUGUCUAAGAGCUACGCGAAUGUGAUUGGAUGACCAGGUCGGGGGCGGAGCCAGCGCAACUGAGAACGUUUGGCAGAGUACGAGUGAAGUUUGGCGAGCAGAAGCUUGCGUGAUCCCAAAAAAUUUGGUUAUCGAUCAAUUGACGUCACUAGGUUUGGCUAUUUUUUUUCAAAGCCAUAUUUUUAUUGAUGUAUUUAUUUAUUUGUAACCUCAUCUGCAGUUGAGGGCGUACCACGCGACCCUGCUUCUCGCGCAGUUAGCUGGGAUUAGCUGCCAGCACGCCCGCGAUCGUUGUGAGGAUAAGCUGAAGGGAAAAUGGAUGGAUGAAGGGAUGGAUGGAGGGAUAGCCUCAUUUCCAAAUGACCUCAAAUGUGGCACCCGGGCACAAACGUUUGCCCCCGCCCUUGUCGUCCCUUUCAAACUUUUACAGUCCCCUUUUCAUUUUGCACAGACAUUUGCACGCAAAUGCACGUGUCCAAAAAUCUGUUCAAAAAAUCUAUGAAAGGUAGGUCGAAUUUAUGAAAAAAAAAAAUGUCCUUCCUCGCUUCAUUUUUAUUUGAAUGCCACGAUUGAAUCCAGGCAGCUGUCGAACUCGUUUGGCGUGGACGUUAAGUGUGUGCUAGUAGUGUGGUUCCAAAAAAAUAAAAUUUGACCAAAUAAGUUAUGGACGCCACUUUACCACUCGAGAAUAGAGAAUAAAUACAACUACAACGUGUUCUUGAAAUUAUUACAUCAUCAAUAAGACCGAGAUAAGUGUUAGGAAUAUACAUUUAACUAUAUUUUUUGAUUUAAAGAAAAUCUUACAAAUUAAAAAAUAUUUUUUGAGUCCUUUUUUUGAAGAAUUUUUUUUUUGUAAAGUUAAUCUUAAAAGCAAAAAUGAUUGUAACAGAGUCUUGCAUUUUUGACAUUUUUUUUUUUUUAGAAAGUCAGUUUUUUUUUUUAAAUUGCAUUUUUUUUUGUUUGUUAAAAAGGGGCUGCAAGAAAAUCUUAAAAUAGCUAAAUAAAACUUUAAUAAUAGGUUUUGUUGCAAAUGUACAUACAUUGCACGGCCACAUUUGAACAACACGAGUUCCUCUGUACAUUAUUGUUUUUGUCACCUUUUGUUGCAAAGAGAGAAAACAACAACAAAACAAAAAGAAAAACAACCUAAUAAACAGAACGGAAUUCAACAAAUACUUUCAACAUACUUACAAAAAGUAUUUUCUACAAGUUCAUAGAAAACAUACAACAUAUUUUGCUGUAUUUAUAGCCGAUUGGUCUCGGAGCGCCUCCUGACACUGUAAACUCGGUGGUGUUAGCGUAGCGUAGCGUAGCAGAGGCUAACCCGACCCUUUUAAAUGAAGUCAAACCACGCGUCGCUUUUGUCUAUGGAAGCGGCAUCGAGGACAUCAAAGCAAGUCAAACGUUUAUUUCCUCAAUUUAUUUUUUUAAAAUGGAGACUGUGCAGUUUUUUGGCCACUGAGUUAAUAAAAUAAAAAAUAAGUGUUCAGGGAAUACCAAUAAACCACGGUCUUAAAAGAGAACAACAUAGAUAACACAAAAAGAAAAAUAGGUCUUUUCAAAGGAUAUAUUAUUUGCCAAUUACGUCACCAAAAUUUAUUGACGUAUAUUUCUUUCAAAAGAAAAAAAAAUUAAAAUUUGGGGCCCAAAUAAAACAAAAAGCUAGAAAAGUUGCAGGUUGCUAAAAGUACUAAAAAUUCUGUAAUUAAAAAAAAAAAAAAAUAUAUAUAUAUAUAUAUAAAAAUGGCACUGGGACAUUUACAAAAUCUCGCAAGUAGUUAACGGAACCAAACUCCAGAUUUUUGGCGGUACUUAAAAGUUUUGAUUAAAUCGAGUGAAUAUUUCCCCAAAAAAAAAAAAAAAAAAAAAAAAAUGAAAGUGGUGGACAAAAAAUCUGCACAGUCUCUUGGCGUGACGUUUGGUGGCAUAUUUUGAUUAUUUCACAAAUAAAAAUCACAGUCCUAGCGCUCCCUUUUCUUUCGUUCUUUGCGAAAAACCAAGCUAACACCAGCCACUUAACGUAAAAGUGCAUAGACGUUAGAAAGCGACGAUUGUGCUCGCCAAUCUCAAGAAGGAGUGACCCCCCCCCCCCCAACCCCGCACCCCCCUUACACAAUAACACGUUGUCUCGUUUUGGCUAGCGAUAGCAGCACACUGCUAGCGGUGCUCGUUUGCAUUUACAACACCAAGGAUGACGAUACAGCAGAGUUUGAGCGCGAGGUCACAUUUACAAAGAAAAACAUUAACUUUAGCUCAAAAAUAGUAAAUAUUGUCUUUUUUUUUUUUUUUUU